GUUGGGCGGGGAGGGAGGGGGGUACGGGCCUAGGCAGUUUGGGCAAGCCUUGGGGGCGGCUCCUGUCGCACGCUCCGGUCAGCCUCCCCUUUAAAAAACCCGCCCGCAGAGGAGGCGGAUGUAGGGGCGGCCCGUCCAAUGGCAGCUGCGCGCCUCGAGAGACUUGGAGACUUGAGCCAGAGCGAGCGACAGAGCCGGUUCCGACCGAUCGACGGACGGAGGGCUAGACGGCCGCCGAGGCGCACCCGCUACCCACUUGCCGGUCCCCCGGUCCCGCGCUCCAGCCCCAGCGCCCGCCGCCGUCCCAGCCCCAGCUGCAACGCGAUGCUCGGCCCUGGCGGCGGGGCACGGACGAACCCUGCGCCGGGGCCCGCGCGCCCGGGUGCCUAGCGCCUGGUGUCGCCGCCCCACCUCGGGGAGGGCCGCGGAGACCCCGGCCUCAGCUGGCCCAGGCGCGCCGCCCGCGGGGCCCGCCAAGCCCUUCCAGGAGCGCCGGCCCACCAUGCUCCUGCUGUCUCCGCGCGGCGCGCUCCUCUCCGUGUAUUGCCCGCAGAUCUUUCUGAUCCUGUCCAGCGGCAGCUACCUAGCGCUGUCGUCCGUCGUGGCCCUGGGAGCCAACAUCAUCUGCAACAAGAUUCCUGGCUUGGCCCCACGGCAGCGUGCCAUCUGCCAGAGCCGGCCCGAUGCCAUCAUCGUGAUCGGGGAGGGGGCGCAGAUGGGCAUCAACGAGUGCCAGUACCAAUUCCGCUUCGGACGCUGGAACUGCUCCGCCCUGGGCGAGAAGACUGUCUUCGGACAAGAGCUCCGAGUAGGGAGCCGGGAGGCCGCCUUCACCUACGCCAUCACCGCCGCCGGGGUGGCCCACGCGGUCACGGCCGCCUGCAGCCAGGGCAACCUGAGCAACUGCGGGUGCGACCGAGAGAAGCAGGGCUACUACAACCAGGCGGAGGGCUGGAAGUGGGGCGGCUGCUCCGCCGACGUGCGCUACGGCAUCGACUUCUCCCGGCGCUUCGUGGACGCCCGUGAGAUCAAGAAGAACGCGCGGCGCCUCAUGAACCUGCACAACAACGAGGCGGGCAGGAAGGUCCUGGAGGAGCGCAUGAAGCUGGAGUGCAAGUGCCACGGCGUGUCGGGCUCGUGCACCACCAAGACGUGCUGGACCACGCUGCCCAAGUUCCGCGAGGUGGGCCACCUGCUCAAGGAGAAGUACAACGCCGCGGUGCAGGUGGAGGUGGUGCGGGCCAGCCGCCUGCGGCAGCCCACCUUCCUGCGGAUCAAGCAGCUGCGCAGCUACCAGAAGCCCAUGGAGACGGACCUGGUGUACAUCGAGAAGUCGCCCAACUACUGCGAGGAGGACGCGGCCACGGGCAGCGUGGGCACUCAGGGCCGCCUGUGCAACCGCACGUCGCCGGGCGCGGACGGCUGCGACACCAUGUGCUGCGGCCGUGGCUACAACACCCACCAGUACACCAAGGUGUGGCAGUGCAACUGCAAGUUCCACUGGUGCUGCUUUGUCAAGUGCAACACCUGCAGCGAGCGCACCGAGGUCUUCACCUGCAAGUGAGCGCGCGCGCGCCCCCGCCGCCGGCACGCGCGCGCCCCCGCCCCCCCCUGCCCUGCUGGCUGCGGGGUGGGGGGCGGCGGGGAGCUCAGGGCGCGGGAGGGCUGCUCCCACCGGCGCCCCCUCGCUGCCCUCGGGGGCUCCUUCCCGCCUUUCUCGUCACUUCCGGUGGUCGAGCGCGAUGCCCAGAGGGCAAGGCCGAUGGCACCGGUGUCCCCGGUGGGGCGCCCUGCGAAUUCUUGUUCUUUUCUCUGGGGAAUUGAACCCCAAGGACACACGUCCUGGAAAGCGAAGUGACGACAAGACUCUGAGUGUCCCCCUCCCCCACCUUGUGGCACGGACAUGGAUGUGCCAUGCCGGCUGACCACCCCCGCCCCCUUCCCGCGGGACUUUUUCCCUGGCCGCAUCAGCCACAGGGCUUCCCUCCCCCGGGUGGUCUGGGCAGAUGCUGACACAUUUUAUUUAUGUUUUCUUAGUAUCAGAAAAGGAUUCUUAGCACUAAGGCAUAGCCAGUCCUAACUCUGUACUCCGUGUUAGCACAUUCCCUUGUGGCCCUCUGCUCCCUGUCCCCGCCUCUCUAGACCCCAGGGAGCAUCUCCGUGCCCAGCUCCCUCUUGGCCCUGCCCCCAGGGGGCCUCUGAGGGGAGCCACCGGCAGGGAUCCUUCUUUUUAAAAAAAUCACAUCCAACAAAUCAAAGUGUCACCUAUGUCAGGUUCCAGGAGUGCUGUGUUCCCUCCCCGAUGCUGUCACCCUCCCGGUCCCCCCUCCAGCCUGGCACCCAGUUUACAGAGCCCCCUGCCCCCCUGGAGCCGGCUGAAACCCUAGGACAGCAGUGUGCUGGUGGCGGGCUGGUGGGGUGGGGGUGGUUC